AGUUAUGCACGUGAGGCAGAUAAAAGCAGAUAUGUACUGGUAUUUAUUGAAUAGAUACGUGACCUUUUAAGGAAAGAUAACCGUACCAUAAUUUAGCGUGUGUGUAGUCUGUACUGGAAGUGUUACUGUAGUUGUAUUAAUUUUGCACAUCCCACGAACACGCCACAGCGCGUUAAGAGAGGAGGAAAGCAGUACAAUUAUUGUACUGCUGGGAAAGGUCAUACGCUGGCCAUGCAGUGCCGUGGCCCUCUGCAACUGCAUUCACUGGGCGGGACGGGGACCGAUGCCUGGCUGCUGGGACGCGCUGGCUGGUUGGCAGCACCGUGCGGACGGACAUGGGGAGCCUGGUGAUCUCAGCCGGGAAGCAAAGUGGAACGCAUCGAAAGGGAAAGCUCUGACGCAUCGCUAACCACUGUCGCCACUGCAGACUUAACCUGCCGAUUGAUAUCGAUCCGCCGCCGCCUGUCCGACGCCCAGCCGGCAUGGACCCGUUGCGCCGACUGGAGGAGAUCUCGCGUAAACUGAAGGAGUUGCAGCGUCUGACCCGCGAAAGCCCGCAGCUGCGCCUCAACGCCGACGCAUUUGCGGAGCAUCCGGCGCCGCGGAGGGAGCCAGACCAGCCACCGGCGCUGCGGGCGACCGGCCAGCAGCGUUGGACCCACGUGCACACCGUGGAGCAGAGCCGCCGCGCAGUCACCCUCUCCCGACCGCGCGGACACCGGCACCCUGGCCCCGCCGUCGCUGCAAUACGCCAGCGUCCGUCUCCCCGUGGGCGGACGCUGUCGGCUCGCCGUCCAACCCUUAACCGUCCCCCGGCCACCCUCACCAGUCGCUCCAGCCGCUGCAGCCCUCUUCCGGUCUGCACCUGCCGUCCCGACUGCCCACGCUCCCUAUCCCCGGGAGGUCCCGACGACAGCCUGGCCAGUAGCCAAAUGGCUACCCGCCUCGGGGAUCCGUAUCCGCGGAUAGGCGCGCCGCCUGCCGUCUUCACGGCACACCGGCGUCAGCAGCAGUCCAUGAAGAUGGCCAAGUGCCUCAUGCGGGACACUUGCGCAACCACUGUGAAUGAACGCUUCUUUUUGGAGGGGAAGGAAACAGCCCGCUGCAGCUGCCGCGUGGUGGAGAUCAGUUCGUCGGAAACCGCCGUUGCCAGUGACGAGUGCCUCACCGCUCCACUUCCACCCGUGCCCACCGCCGCCAUGCACAGGCCGGACGCGGGCGACCUGGACCCGCACACCGCCCAGAUGCAGUGCGGCGCCGCAGUGCCGCUACGAGCCCCGCAGACACUGACGGUCAACGCGGCCUGCUCGCCUACCCACCUUUCCCUGGCGUCGGCCCACAAUCAGACGCAGCCGGCGGCACACGCCUCCUGUGGGGCCCACGCCGCGCCCAGCCAGUGCUCGGCCCAGGUGUCCACGUCGGCGCUGUGUCACCGCGCCGACACCGGCGUCCAGUGCAGCCAGCACCCACUUCCAGGUGCUGCCGGACUGCCCGUCUCCGUCUGCACCUCCACGCCUCGCUUUGCCGUGCCGGCGACGAAGAGCGCCGCGGUCUGCACCAGCGCCACGCACACCGGAGGCGCCGAGCUGAACGCAUGCCGAUCGCAAGCCUGUCAAACGGCGCAACACACCGUGUCCCGCUCGCAGAGCGCCGAUCGGCUACAUAACACCACGGAUGCAGCCGCCGGGCGCUCCGCUUGCCAAUUGGCACACUCCAAAUCAGCGCAGGCGCUCACCGCCACCCUGUCGGCCUUUACGCAGCCCCAUAAAUUCCACUCAGAGCAGACCCUCGACCGGAUGCACGUGGGCACCAGUGCGGCGCCUCUUCCGUGCCCUCCGCCAAAAGACACGCGCUCUUGCGGAACAACGCACUCUUCGCUGACCACCGCUAAAUCGGCGUGCACCGGCACCGACCCAACGCACGUUCCCACAAACGUCAACGCCGGAACCAGUGCAGCGCCUCUUCCCUGCAACCAGCCGAAGGACGCUCGCUCCUGCGGGACGUCGCACAGCCAGUUGGUCGCAGUUAAAUCGGGGUGCACUAGCACGGAGCCGGAACUGUCGGUAAACGUUCCGUCCAGCGCGAACGUCGCCCGUACUGGAACCGUUGGACCGUUCAGCCACUCGACAUGCUCCGUGGCCAAACAGUCCAAAUCGGUCCAGUGGCAGUCGGCGUCGGAGGCAAGCAGUCAGGUGGCCGGUGCUGCUUCCUGCCAGUGCAUGCAGCGAAGGAGUGAGGUGAAGCGGCUGUUGGUGGAAGUGGCCAGUCAGCAGGCACAGGAGCGCCAACAAGCUAGCGCCGUCACUCUAGCCGACGCCCGCAGUGCCCAUAUCUGCCCGACCCGUUCCAACUUCUCUACCCACAGCCGAAAUCAGCAGGCACCGCCCAAUCGCCCACUUCCGGUGGCGUCCUGCUCAGCAGUUACAGUGGGCGGGGCGGUCAGCGGGGAUCCGCUGCAUUCAACGUCAACCGGCUCCUAUCUGCGGCCCGACGUGGGCGCUUCCGCGUCCCUCGCCAACCCGACCGGUGUCCAUCCGUCACAUACUGCUGACCAUCACAGACAGGUCUACGACGAUCACUCGCAGCUGCUCUCUCCCAAUUACCACCCGCACAUGGACUUGUCCCAAUCACACCACUCCACCCACUUCCGGUCGUUGCAUUCCCAGCCUACUUUGUAUGGCGCGGCAUCGGCGUCGGCUUCGAUCAACUACCCAAUUACAGGAGCAUCAGGUGCGUCGGUGUUGGCCGAACAACCAUCCGUCUGGCCGGCACCCAACGCCUCGCAGUUCACACUGCACUCCUCCAACGAUUCGGCCAUCAGCUAUUUUCCCUCCUCCACAACGUUCUUUUCCAACACAUCCUUAAAUGUACCGGCAAAUACUACGUACGCCGGCGAUCUCCGCAACCGGCUGCCGGAUGAAAACGCCGAAGGGGAGACCUGCCCACUGGAGAACGCCAAUCCGCCCCCAGCGGAUGUCGAUCCCGGCGAUGUUUGUGAAUUGCCAGUUGCGGAUGACGUUUGCCCGCUGCCAGCAGUGCACCCGCUCGCCGCUGUAGUCAACGAGCUGGCCGACGCCGGAACCAAUACAUCCUGCACCGACCUCAAACAGGCCUCGGCGAAGCCCGACACCAGUGACACCGACGAUACACCCAGUCACAAAUGUCGUCCGGCUCAACAACAAUUCCGAAAACGCAAAGAUCGGCACCGGUCCAGGAGGAGACCCACCGGCCGAUACCCGUCCAGUCCGCGAAAGACCCGACGGAAAAGCCGUCGUUACCGGGAUCAAUCAUGCCGACCGACAGCAUCCCAGCGUGCGGUAGGAAAGGUCACUGUGUAUCGGAGCGACAGCCCGAGCAGCAGUCCAUCGCGCACUGUUAUCAGCAGCACCAGCACCACGCCCACCACCUUCAGUCCGGGCCGGGUCCGAUCGGAGGGCGAGUUUGUCUACGGACGCGCCUACCGAGACCGCGACCGCCCCGCCGACUACGGCACCGGGACCUCCGCCACCGGCGACGGCGGUGACGUGGACUGGGGACACCUGGUCGACGCGCUGGUCGAUUCGUCCGACAACGUCCGCGCGGCCGAGGAUGACCUUUGCGGUUCGCUGUCUGACUCCACACUCACCUAUGGCACGAAACGUCGCCGACGUAUGCAUCGAAUAACGCAGUACCUCCCUCUCGGCGACGGGACUGGGAGGAGCACGUGGAGGCCGACCAGCGUGGAAACCCCGAAGCGCCGGUUCCCUCGAAAACAGCACUACUCACUGGCCAGCGGCGGCUUUGUGGACCAACAGAGCGACAGCGAAGUGGAGGUGGACUUGCGCAUGGCUGCAUGUCGGCCAGGUGCCGGCUCAGCCCGGACGGCGGUGUUCCGGCCAACAGCGGAAGCGUGUGCGCUGCAGAUAAGCCCGCUUUACGGGCGUCCGAAGAUACAGCCCACUGCAACAUUAACCGGUGACCGGAAGUUGGAGGGAAGCGGGCGAAACGGUCUAUGCGGAUUGAGACAGCGCCAACAGCCAGGGCACGGCUGCAGUGUGUGCCAGGCGGAAGCAGCUGCCAACACAGCCGCACUUCUGGAGUCGGGAGACUCAUCGGGCAGCGAGGACCUCGAGGCCGGUCAGCUGAUGAUUCCCCGCACGCACCUCUAACGGCACGCGUUGUUUGCCUUAAUUGCGCCUCUGCCUUGCACAGCGCUGUUAACGUUUUGCAAAUAGCAGCUAAAGUCAAGGUUUAUUAUGCCCAAUGUGGCUCUUGCUGCAAAGGUCACCCCCUUAAAGCUUGUCUUUGUGCACGCGUUGUAUUCCUGGCAGCGGGGCUUGUUGACCUUUUUCACUGCUAACGGCUGUACACUAGCAAGCUGUACCGCACAAUGUAGCGGAUUUGUGGUGACACGUGCGAGCACAUGGCUGACUACAUCGCCACCCGACACAACAGCAGGCCGUCUCGCUCCGGUCGGGAAGGAAUUACUUCCUUGUUAUUGUUGCGCGCUGCGCUUAACAAUCAGCAAUGUCGCUUGCGAUGACUGUAUUCUGUAGCACGCUGCGCUAUGUAUUUGUCCAGCAGCUAUUUCCGGUUUCAAUACAUCGUCGUAUACUGUUC